CUUUGGCAAGGCUGACGUGGAAGUAUGGCGCGUUUAAUACUAGUACAGCGUUUAAUUGCUGUUGGAUCUUUAUUUGCAGUCUGUUCUUAUCUCGUAAUAGUCAAACUAUUUAACAAGGAUAUUCGGAGUAAUGGGGCGCAGAAAGACUACUCCUCGGAUCUUAAUGGAGAUUUACAGAUGGAAAAUAAUCAGACAAGUAUGGGCCAAAGUCAAUCUACGCAUUCUCGUUUGGAUAAUGUGGAACUCAGGGAUGUGUCUCUUUUUGGGAACCACCGACGGGAGAAAGGUUUUCUUACCAUUGGCAUCCCGUCUGUCAAACGACCACAGGGAAGUCUGUAUCUGUUGCAGACGAUUGCCUACAUAAUAAACAGGACGUCUGCAAAAUACUAUAUUCAGAUUGAAGACGAUGUGAUUCCCGCUCUUGGAUUCUUCGAAGACAUACGUGCCUUUAUUUUAGCAAAUGACAAGAAGCCAUGGGUAUGCUUAGAAUUUUCAGUUCUUGGAUUCAUAGGGAAAUUGUUUAAGUCCAAAGACUUGGAGAAACUUGCAAG